ACAAACCUACUAACUAUUCCUGAACAGAAGGGUAUAGACUCUCCCACUCCUAAAUAUGGCAUCCAGAAUAAAGAGAGAUUUCCUAGGGAUGUUGCUCAAGUCCAGAUCGAUCAGCGUUCAGCACAGCAUCCCCACUGCAAGUGAUGUCUGCGACUUAAAGGAAAAAGAACUCCCAGCACCCUCCUCCUGCCCCUAUUCCCUGGCAGCUCUGCCCGGACCAACCAAAUUGCCCAUACUGGGGAGCUUGUUGGAUAUUUUAAGGAAAGGGGGCUUGAAAAGGCAACAUGAAGCACUGGCAAGUUACCACAAGCAGUUUGGGAAGAUCUUCCGUAUGAAGCUUGGAUCCUUUGAUUCUGUCCACAUCGGCGCUCCUUGUCUUCUUGAAGCUCUCUACCGAGAAGAAAGCAAUUACCCCAAAAGACUAGAGAUCAAGCCAUGGAAAGCCUACAGAGAUUACCGUGAUGAAGCUUAUGGACUGCUAAUACUGGAAGGAAAGGACUGGCAGAGAGUUCGAAGUGCCUUUCAGCAGAAGCUAAUGAAGCCAACAGAAGUUGGGAAAUUAGAUGCUAAAAUCAAUGAGGUUUUAGUGGACUUUAUGCAGAGGAUUGACAGUGUCUGUGAUGAAGAUGGAACAAUAGAAGAUUUAUAUUGUGAACUAAACAAAUGGUCACUUGAAAGUAUUUGUCUUGUGCUUUAUGAAAAAAGAUUUGGAUUUCUGCAACCAAACUUAGGGGAAGAGGCCCUGAACUUUAUUACAGCCAUAAAAACGAUGAUGAGCACCUUUGGACUUAUGAUGGUGACACCAGUUGAACUCCACAAAAGCCUGAAUACUAAAAUAUGGAAAGACCACACUCACGCCUGGGAUAGCAUCUUCAAAACCGCGAAAUGUCACAUUGACAGGAGACUGACAAAACUGGCAUCGAAAGACUCCGAAGAUUUUCUGUGCACCAUUUACAAUGACAGCAAGUUAUCCAAAAAAGAAAUGUACGCGACCAUCACUGAAAUGCUCAUCGGGGCAGUGGAAACUACAGCCAACAGUUUGCUUUGGGUAAUAUUCAACAUCUCCCGUCACCCGCACAUUCAGAAGAAACUUCUAGAAGAAAUUCAGAGCAUAUUGUUACCAAACCAGGUCCCCACAGCAGAUGAUGUCAGAAACAUGCCAUAUCUAAAGGCCUGCUUAAAAGAAUCAAUGAGGAUUACUCCAUCCAUUCCCUUCACAACCCGAACCCUUGAUAAAGAAACAAUUCUUGGAGAUUACGUGCUGCCAAAAGGGACUGUACUGACCAUAAACAGUCAUGUUCUGGGAUCGAACCAAGAAUGCUUUGAUAACUGGAACCAGUUCCGACCUGAGCGUUGGCUUGAGGAAAAGAACACUAUCAACCCCUUUGCUUACAUCCCAUUUGGCAUUGGGAAAAGAAUGUGUAUAGGGCGACGGCUGGCUGAGCUGCAGCUCCAAUUAACACUGUGUUGGCUGAUUAGGAAGUACAACAUUGUGGCCACCGAUAACGACCCAAUGGAGACUUUACACUUGGGGACACUGAUGCCCAGCCGAGAGCUUCCAGUAGCGUUCCACAGGAGAUAAAGGAAGGUGUGGAAUGAAUGGAAUUUGUUUACACGCUCUCCUAUACUCCUCGGCACUGACGUUUAUGCGACCAGGCUUUAAACUGGCGAGCAGGAUAUGUUUACAGGCAGUCACAAUGCUGAAGCCAACUGAUUGCACUGACGGGAAAAUGGCGACGGUCCAUGCGUAAAACCACGUAGCCCAACUAUGCAAGAUGUUUGCUGAAAAGAUAUGCAUGGAAUUUGCUCAGCUGAAAGUAGGCCAAAGUAUGUUGUUGAAGGCUACAGCCGUUCACAUUCGCUGCGGAGAUAAAAGGAGCUCUCUGCCUGCCAAGUGAUUAUAUCUAGAGGGCAACUAUAAUAAAAGAAAACAGCCACACCGCUCUUUUAUGGGAACUCACUGGCUGGUGUUUAUUGUAUAUUGUGCUGAGUUUACAAACCCAUAUUUAACAUAAUAAUAAUAACAGUAAUACUAAUUUUUGGGAAACGGCUUCUAAAAUUUGCCACUUGCUUAUUUUAAGAAAAUUUAAGGGUAGAGACCCUGAACUGUAACCAAAAGGUUCAUUAUUUGUUAAAACCAAGGGCGUAACUAUAGAGGAAGCAGACCCUGCGGCUGCAGGGGGGCCCAAAGAUAUAGGGGCCCCAUGGUGUCCUAAUUCAUAUACAAUGACAAUAAAUAUUGGUAAAACAAGUCUACUGAUCUAGUUACGCCACUGGAAGUAGGGAUGCACCGAAUCCACUAUUUUGGAUUCGGCCGAACCCCCGAAUCCUUUGUGAAAGAUUUGGCCGAAUACCGAACCGAAUCCGAACCCUAAUUUGCAUAUGCAAAUCCUGCUGAAAAAGGCCGAAUCCUGGCCGAAUCCCGAACCGAAUCCUGGAUUCGGUGCAUCUCUAACUGGAAGUAAUGGGGGUUUAAGUUCGCCAGGCACAAACUCACAGCAAAUUUCCACGCUUCGCUGCUGGCGAUUAAAUUCGGGAAACUGCACGAAAAUUCACCGGCGUAUUUUAGACAUGUGUUGGAAAGGUCGCUUGCGCCAAGAUUGACGCGGGCGUCAAAAUUUGCAAAUUUUCCGCCGUUUCGCGAAUUCACCCAUCAUAUUUGUCUGCAAUUAACUCAAUCAGGGGAUUUAUAAAUAUGAAUUUUGCCCGAGUGUGAUGUCUUUCCACGCCAAACCGUUGACUCUAAAAAGAUCAGAAAAAAUGGAAAAAUUGUCUGUUUGUUUUUCAGGGUUUUAGAAUAAUUCAUGUAUGGCCCCUAAUGUACAGUACAGGUAUGGGACCUGUUUUCCAGAAUGCUCUGGACCUGGAGUUUUCUGUAAUUUGGAUCAUAUCUUAAGUCUACUAGAAAAUCUGGUAAACGUUAAAUAAAUCCAAUAGGCUGGUUUUGCUUCCAAUAAGGAUUAAUUUUAUCUUAGUUGGGAUCAAGUACAAGCUACUGUUUUAUUAUUACAGAGACAUUUUUUAAACAUUGAUUAUUUGGCUAAAAUGAAUGGGAGACGACCUUUCCAUAAUUCAGAGCUUUCUGGAUACAGGUCUCUGGAUAAUGGAUCCUAUACCUGUAUCUAUGCUGGCAAGGUCAAUAAUCAUAAUACAGCCACAAUUCUGGGUCUCUUUUUCUAACAUGCCAAAAUUGAUGCCAUUUGGAUUUUUUGGUUUAUUCGUCCAAUAUUCUUUAUUACUCCCAGUAUUCCACAAUAUUUGGAUUUUUCUUUUGUCCUUAAAAUUAUCAGCCCUGGAAUAAUUCAAUGACACAAAUCUAAAUACAAUUUACAAAACUAAUUUGGAAUCAAAAUAAAAUCGAAAUAAAUCGAAAUUGAAAUAAGUCCCCACCACAGAGUGUAUACUUCUUCCAUUUUAAGUUAUUGCUUUUAAUGCUCAAGGAUUAUUUUCCUUAUUUAUCCUGCUUAGUGGCAAAAUUGUGUACUUGUUUAUGAAAAAAAACACCAAAAUUUGCUUGAUGAAAAACCUGAAAAAAAAAACAAUCAAAUGAAGUGAAAUAACAUUCUACCCAUCAGUUUCAAUGAGGCUGAAAUUUUUUUAAUUAAUCCUAAAAAAAAUGGAAUUUAACUCCCAUUGACUUCUCUGCGACAACACCAGCAUUUCGAUGCAGAAUGUUUGAGCAUUUUGCACUAAAUACAUGUAAAAAUGUCAGGAAUUCAAAUUGAUUGAUAGUUUGUGACAAAGUGCAGUGUAUGUUAUACAUUUUCUUACAUUAUGAAAUUAAAUUUAAUUUUUUCCCCAACCCAAGGCUCAAUGAAUAAUAAACCUUCCCCUUGCCUUUAAUUCUAAAAAUGCUGCACGAUCUUAAAGAGAUAUUGUCACAGGGAAAAAAAGUGCUUUUUCAAAAUGCAUCAGUUAAUAGUGCUACUCCAGCAGAAUUCUGCACUGAAAUCUGUCUUUCAAA